AGUAACCAUCGUGGACCAUGAAGAGGCCCUCCAUCAAGACACUCGCGUGGACGUUCUACCUGUCCACCCUUUUAUCCCUCCCGGCGAGAACAGGCGCUCUGGAAGAGAAUUGCACGGACUUUCAGGGCGGCACUGUCAGACACGGCCUCCUCUAUGUGCCGGGACCUGCGGUCUGCAGUCUCUGCGUCUGUUACCAUUCCGAGCCGAUGUGGUGUCAAGCCAUCUACUGUACACCACCGUAUAAAUGCAAAAAGUUCCGCGUGGGUGAGCGCUGCUGCGAGUUCGAGUGCCUGGACGAUACGAACAAUGAGAGCGGCCCGUACAUAUACGACGCGGCGAUGGGAUCGUCGGGGGUCCAGCAUCGGAGUGUUCUCUGUCUAUUCGGCCUGGUCGUGCUGCUGAUGGUGCCCUAGUUACGACCGGACGGGUCCCGCGAUCAUCGUCGCCGCAGGCCUCACGCUCGUCGAAGGAAUUCGCUCGUUAACGAUAUUAGCGAUCCGACGAGGAAGACAACGACGACGAGAAAAUUGUGCACGAGGAAUUCUACAGGCAGGUUUGGCUCACGCCGCGAAUACACGUUGUUUCGGCGAAUGUCACGUCCGUCACCUAUCGCAAUUAGAUCGUCCUUUUGGAAAGACGCAAGCUGAGUGAAGCGAAAACCAGUGUUCCCCAAAUCCACCGCGAUCGAGUCGAGAAACGAUCGAGCGAUUUUCGCGAAAGAUCAUCGGAGAAAAAACGAAUAACAUCGUCUUUAAUUCGGAAAAAUAUGAGAGAAAAAAUAAUAUUUUAUCUCCCCUAAAUGCAAUACACAUUAAACGUAAUGUAAAUAUUUUACUUUGGAUAUUCCGUCGUUUAAUUAUCAUCCCGUCGCAUUAUCUCGCGCGAGCGCAUUAAUUGAGGGGGAAAGAGUGCGAGGGUCCAUACGUCUUCGCGAUUUUCCCGAGGGAAAUUUAAAAAUCGUCAGACCUUGCGUCGGAUUUCGGGCAAACGUGCGAGCGGGAGAGCUUUUUAUUUCCGGAAUUUUAUCCGCUUCCUUUCGAAGCGCGCAUUUUCUCGCAUCCUCCUUCUCGUCAAAUCCGGCACGAUAACACUCAUCAGACGCCACGCGGAUUCGACGUCGGGUUUUUUAAACCGUGCGCUCACAACCAAACGUCGAGGAAUGACACGCCGGAGGCUCUUCUGGCCUAAUUCGAAUAUACUCAGAUGUCAGCCACUGUCAGAAGGCGUGCCACACUCGGUCGCGUUUCGGAGUAAAUUGCACUGUUCGUAGCCGGCGAACGCGAUCGAAUGUUAUCGCGUAAAUUGACUCCGAUCGACUCUCGACUUAACCGCUACCAAUUUUCGGGGACUAUCGUAAUCGGCGGUGCAUCGUGAACUGGUGAUAGAGUUCGGGGCAUGUUCCUCAAGAUCCUCGUUCUUGAUAAUACUCACGCUGGACAGACAAUUGUAGACUGAAAAACCGAUCGAGACCUCGCGCGGCACAUUUCGCGCGCGUUUCGUGUGUGUGUGUGUGAAUGGAGUGUGAGAGUGAUUGUGUCGGCAGAAAUUUUUAUUUUUCCAUUGUCAAUAAACGAUGUGAUAACGAACGUGUCAGGCUGAGAUUAGUGCGCGGGGGCGAGUCCUUCGCCACUAGCGCCGGAAAGCUCCGUCGUAUGUGUGUGCAUGUGUGUGAUAUCCUUUUGUUAACGAGAUUCGUUUCAAUCUCUAGUUGAAAAAUCGUAAUUUGCCGUUCGUUCGUUCGCUUUGCUCUGCCGGGCUCGCCGGUGAACGAACACCUUUUUAAAGGGCGCCUCCCGUCAUGCGUCUGUGAUGAUAAUCAAACGAGGUAAUAUCUAUCAAUCCGACGUCUCGACUUUGUUCUCGUUAGCUUCGCGAUCUUUGGUACUUUCGAUGUUUUUUCCGGUAAUCGUCGAGUGCUUAUAUGUUACCCCGCACAUGCGUAUGAGGAAAAAGCGGUUCGCGACGAAAAGUGGAUCACGUCGGGGUUACUUCGUCAAGUAAUGGCCCGUUUGCACAACGCGAUUUCGUUAAAAUAUCUCUCGCGAUACUCGCUGUAAAAUCGGUCCCUCGCCGUGCGCCGGAAAAUGCGUUGUAUCGUAAAACGUAACGAGAACGCGAUGUAAUGUUAUGACGUUACAUUUAUAACGGCGAAGAUACGACAUGAUGUAAAGCUACGAAUGAAUCACGAUUUUGAUGCGAAUCAAUCUCGGAUGAUAUUACUGAAAAAUCGCGCGGUGUAAAGACGUCUCAAGAAAUCCAUCCAUUUGCCUAACGGCCUGUACAUUUCGCUUUAACACAGGGAUUCCCAAAUUUUUUCGCGUCUACUUAAAUAUUUACGAGAGAUUCUAUUAUCAGAGGAAGAUUCCAGUCCGUAAUUAAGGAAGAGAUUAUACAGGUUGUCUCAUGCCUAUCGAAGUAUCUCUCGUCUGCGGAAUUUUCGAGCAAUAUCAAGGAAGGUUAUUUGUUUACUGAAAAUUCUACGUUAUUUUACAAUCGUAAAAUUUUCUAGUAUAUUACUACUAGUUAUAUUAAAAAUAGGUGAGGUAAAGUAUUGCUUGUAUGAGAUUGUCUUGAAAUUGAAAAGGAAGAACGAUAAUAUAUCGUUCAUUUAAGAACGCGUGCUUUAAAGAAAAUUUCAAAGUUUAAUUUCCGAAGCGCUUCGACCAUUUUUCUUAAGGCAAGAUCAACUCUGAAGAAUCCGUAGAUAAAAAUAACUCGGCAGUCUGGAACAUUCUGUGUAAACUUUUCAAAAGUAACUUUGUAUAAACUCCUAUAUUUGUUAUAUAUUGGAGAGUGAAUGUAUGCGCGUAUGUGAAAGAGAGGAAGGGAGAGAGAGAGAGAACGCGUCAAAGAAUUUUCCAGCAAGAACAUCUCAUUGUCGAGCCUUAAAGUUUCAUCGCGCCGCCGGUUUGGGAACCUCUGCAAAUCAACAUAUCAUUCUCAUAACAAGAACAUAGAUAGCAUGAAAAAAAAAAAGUAAAGAGAUAUAUCGCCGCACUCGUCGCAUUUUCCGUCAAGCUGGUGGGAGGCAUAAUACCGUGUCAUCGGAUAAACAUUUAACCCACGAAUGUUCGUAUCACGAAUUUCGUGUUCCAGCAGCAAGUUAUUUUCUCGAAAUGCAGUGACUUCGCGAAAUAUCCUCUCGCAGUCCCGUGUAUUUUUUAUUUCCAAUUGCGAAGCUUUGUACAAACGCGCGUGUCUAUUGGGGGACGCAAGUUACAUGAUACGUUGGGAACACGCUCGACAUUUUCACACAAUUUCACACAACGGAAUUAAGUCAAUGUAAUGUAAUACUUCUAAAUUAACCGCGUUCGCAUGAAUAUGCGUUACAUAGUAAUGCAAUAUGUAUUGAGGGUAAAUGUGUAAACGAAAGUCGCAAUGUCAUUUGCGAAACUUCUUAAUAUUUUCUCGACACGUCAAGAAGCACAUGAGAAGAAGUAAAUUAGGCGAUGUCGUUUGACAAUGUUAAUUCACGCUUCGUAAUAACGACGUGGGAGGAGUUUCACAUUUCUGUAAUUAUUUCCCGGGCAUAGAGAAAUACAACGGGGAGAUUUUUAGCGCAUGCGGCAUAUCGCAAGGAAAAAGUUAGCGCGAGUCUCAUCCAAAAGAUCUAUCAUUUGUACAAUCAUACCUCGCGCUGUCGUAAAAUUUCUUUCUCUCGCGAAUUCCCUGUCCGCUUUUCUCUCUAAAAUUUAGUCCCCGUGACUUCGGUUUAAUCGAUCUCGGCGCUUCGUGUAUUUGUUAUCUCAAUUUAAACUGUUCGGUGUGUUCUCUCUCGUGACGCGAACAUUCCCGGAUUAAACUCCGGAAGGGUUAAACGUCCAAGAAGCUGAGGGACAAACAUAGGGGUAGGUCCGAUUCGAAGUGGAACUUCGACUGGCACAAUGUGAGAGGCGAUUUCAGAGCUUUAUCUUAACGAGCGCUUAUCGAGCACGGCGAUAUGCGGGAGCGGGCACGAAAUGGUAGGGAGAUAUGUAUGUUGCUAUUUACAAACAGAGCUUUAAUAGAGAAGGUUUGCAGUCGCGUGGAACCAAUUUACAUAAUCUUGCGUGUAUGUACAUGCGGCGACGCGUCAAUUGCGCUCGCGCUAAAUUGUUAACGGCGAAACGCGUUAACUCUUUACAGAGCGAGUCAAGAGAGAAUAAAGUUUUAACUUUAUAAUUUAUUUGUUAUUAAGAGGAUUGCAAUACAUUUUAGCAACUUUUAACGUAUCUUUAUGUUAUAUACAUAUUUGAUUUUAAGUGACGAUGGAUUAAUCAGUCCUGUAAAAAGUUAACAUGCCGGAUUAUUCCUCGUUAUUUAUUGCGCGCAAAGAGCAAUGUUGAUAUGUGAAAUUAGAAUUUAUCAGCUGAUUGUUGUACAUUUUCCUAUAUUCUAUUUUUUCUGUAUUUCUAUUGCACACGUAUCAAUCACGAAUACUGCUCGGAUCUUAAAGAGAUACGCACGAAAGACAGAUAGAAAAAUAGCCGCUAACAAGCUUGUCAUCGUUGAAUUCUUAUGCAUUUUUUUAUUAUUCUUUUCUCAAAAUUUCUAUCUCACACGCGUUUAAUAUCUUUGUUUUUCUUCUUUUAUUUCGAAACACGUUUGGUGGGAACAAAUAAAAGUCACUGCUUAAUUCGCAAGUAGAAAAUAGGCGACGUUUCGUAGGAACACACGAGAUAAAGCGUACUCUCCCUUAUUUGCUAUCAGAUUACGGAACAUUUGAUUAUUUAUUCGCGUUCCAAUUAUCAGUUCACGCAUUAAUUAGUCUAUCGCUCGUAUGACAUUUCAAAGCAACAAUAAUUGCCGUAAACACCCAGAUUAUAUCACGCAAUAACGAAUCGAUUAAUUGUGAUUGCGGUCGUUUCGGCGAUAUCGCGCGACUAAUUGGAUCGAUGAGCGAAGGCUUAAAUUAUUAACGCGAAGAGUUUAAUAGCCGAAAUAAUUCGGUGAUCGGCCGCGGGUGGGAGUCGAUACGAACGUGGGUCUUAUAUUUAAAGGCUUUCCGUGUCACGAAUUUCUCCUGUUACUCCUGUUACUCGUCACCGUCGUGUAUUGCAUUUCCUACAGCGGCACCGUAACAACGCGUUCCGCUUCUAUUUAAAAUUUUCAAGCUACGCAAGCACCGCGGUAUGUACAUUUGUUUGAUCGUUAUCCGCGCCUAUUCGUUUCCGAGCGUGUUUCAAACCAUAAAUCGAAUGGCUCUUUCUCUCUUUUCCUCGCAACGAGAAAAUCUUGCUUUAGCCCGGUGAACAUAUAAUUACUCUACGGCCAUUAAUUGUGUUUUGUCGUUUUGUAAAAACGACAGUGUGGUGCGCGCGCGUAAUACAGUUAAAUAAAUUUGCGAUAAAGCUGAGAAAUGGACGGGGAGGUUCCCGUAAAAUAUGCUCCGAUUUAUUCGGCGCAUUUGUUUAAAUGCGGAAGCAACACGUUGUACGAUUUAAUAUCGUAUUUCAAUUCUCGAUUCAUUUCGCAAUUCUACUUAGCUUCGCAAGAAUUUGUCGACGAUAUUACAGGUACAUGUGUGUAAAAUGUGAUAUUUAUAAGUGUGCCACCAUAGCACGCGCGACACGUGUGCGUAUCAGACAUGUGUUAAGCCGCUGGGAAUUGAAACUCGUAUGAACAUCUCGCGACUACAUGCUCGAUCUUUUUAAGUUUCCGGAGCAAUUACUACGCGUUUUAUUAAUGCGGUAUGAGUAAUGCGUCGGUAUGCGUCGGGUUCCUUUCCGCAUUCGCUGAAAUCGCGGUUGACUACUGUGUCUGAUAUAGGAAGAGGAAAAAUAUAUUUUUUGAAUUCAGCCAAGUUGCUAAUUGUUACACUGCUCAUUCGUUGCUCUAUAUUUUCGACAAUAACCCCUUGAACGUUUCAAUAUCGAACCGUUAACCAUUUCAAGGACGUCAGGACCAAAACUAUUCCAUCAAGUGUUUUGCGCUCGCAUCGCGGUAGAAUAAAAAUUGUCCCGUCAAAUAUUUUUACUCCGGCAUCCCGUUCUGCAUUCGGUAUUAAAAGAACUAAAAAGUCGGGGAAAUUGGAUCUGUUCAUGUUUAAAUAUGCUAUUGUGUGUUUGGGGAAAAAUAAAAGUUAGUUUGGAGAAUUCCACUGAAAACAAUGCGUCCCCGAUAAAGUGGUAUCGGCGCGCGUAUGUACCGCAUCGCAUUCAUUUUAUUUUUUCAAUGUUACGCUAAUUGAAUUCGCGUAAUUACUUAACACAUCUCGAUUUGAAGCGAACAACUUUCCCUCUUUUAAAGUUUUGCGAAAUACAUAGUUACUCGAUGUUACAAUAACUGGACUCGAACCGGUUAAUAACUUUCAUUACUGAUUUCGUUUCAACAUGAAUAUAUUGAUAUCAAUUUUUUUUCACAGUAAAAAUUCAAUUAAAAAUUGAAUUGCUUUCGAAUCAAUAUUAUUUUUUAUUUUUUGAUAGGAAACGAUCCGAAAAGUAAGCUUUCUCGACUGAUUUCCCGAUGCAGAAAAUUCGAAACGGUACUAAUACCGAUACCAGCGCGACAAUUCCGAGCGUCAUGGGGCCAUAUGUAUAGUAGUGUAACGUAUACGAAUGCUUUCGCCUUUGUUUGACUAUGGGGAACAGUGAAUAAGAACAUGGUGCUAAGUCAUUCCUCGUUUAGGAAAACGACGUUACUACGAACAUUCGCGAGUUUCCAGUAUCGUGUACACAUUGUUCGCGCGCGCGCGUAUGCUUGCCUGUGAUAUAUUUUUAACGGCGCUUGAUUGCUAUCACACCGCCCAUGGAUCGUUAAUCGCUUUGCGAAUUUCGAAGGUAGCGAUUAGACAACAUUGUACGAAUUUUGCACGUACUCUCAACUAGAAAAAUUCUCGUAGGAAAAGAAUAAAGUAAAAAGAAUAAAAGAAUGGAUCUUAGUUUGCACCACAAUUAUAUGUGAGGAUCGGACAACGUCGAAAGACAUUACAAAACCGAUAUAUAUAUAUAUCUCUUAGUUUGUCAAUAAUCGUCUCCUAGGUUGUGAGACGUAUAUAUGUAAAUUGUUUUAAUUUAAAUAGACCUUCGGACUUCCUCAGGUUUCUUUUAUUUUCUCGCUAUGCAUGAAGACCGAAACAUUUGAGAAAUAAAAAUUGAUAUAUAGACCAAUACGUAGACCGAUUUUACUAAAUUUAACAAAUACGAUCACUUCUGUAAACGGCAAGAAUUUACGUCAAAAACUAAGAUUGAUCGUAAUCGUAAAUAAUGACGAUGAUGAUAAUAAUGGAUAAUAAUAGUUAUAAUUAAUAAUUUUAUCGAUUAGUUGUUGCAUAAGACGAAUAUUUCGAGCAAAAAUGAAAUAUUUGAAAACGGCUUCAACUCAGAUUCAUAAUGGAGCGAUUCGCAUUUGAAUUGUAAAUAUGCGUGUCGUGCGGAUUUCGUGCAAAAAUCAAGCGAAACUCGACGACGGCAUUACCGGAGCCGUUAGAACGAACGCGACAAAAGAGGCUGUCUGAGAUUAAGUUGCUAGAGCUUAAGUAAGAUGAUACACUCGUUCGGUAUGCGAGAUACCUGACCUGAGUAUGAUCUAAUUUCUGAUGUAAUUUCUAUCUUUCCGAAAGUUUUGCCAGAGAGAUAUUUUAUUAGGCGCCGAAGUAUCCGAGCUAAGACACAUCCUUUCUUCUCUCUCUCUCUCUCUCUCUCUCUCUCUACAUCGAGAAUAUACAUAAGUUUCCUGAAUAUUUUCCCCCUGUAAAAGAACGAAAAGAUGUUUGAAGCUUGGAGAGACUGUAUUUGGGACAGGUAUCUCAAGUCACGAUUCGGAGCGAAUUUAUUUGGCGAAUUUAAUCAUCCCAUCUCGACAAGAAGAAGUGAUAUCCUUGUCGGCUGGUGGAAAAUGCGUGAUCACGCGUUUUCCUUUCGCGUCUCACCAUUGUACUUUUCUUCUCCUCUUUCCUCUCUAUUCGACCCAGCCCGGCGGAGAGAACAUUGAAUUUAUUAAUCGACCAAUUUCUCUAAGCUUACAUUUUAAACUAACGUUUACAAAGAAAGGAAAAUAUUAUAUAUAUAUAUAAUAUAACCUACUUCAAAAUAAAUACCUAGACGAUAGCUUUAAUAUUGCUACAAUACGUAAUUACUCUCGAUCGUAAUUAUAUCGUUUAAUGAUCAAGGGGCCUUUUAUGUAUGAUGAGAACGAUCGUUCGGAAUUCAUAAAAAAUUACGAGAUUACAAUUAAAAAAAUCUAUUUCAAACGACAUCCAGAAUAUUAAUAAACACGAUAAGGUUUUAAUCUUCCCUUGAUUCCUCGAUUGACAAGAUCGCCACGUCGUACCCGACGUCUUUCGUAGAUUAAUCGAUAGUAUAAGGAUACAUAAUGAUAAGGCGAAAGUAAGAAUUGGUAUACCACGAAGAAUGUUACAGAGCAAUAAAGUUUAUUCACAUGA